AUGGCAUCCAACGACGUUCGCGACGUGCUUAAUCUUCCUUCCGACGACCUCACCCCGCGACCAUCCAAGAAACAAAAGAUCGCAGGCCCGCGGCACAAUCUCAAGGGACUGGCAAGAGAGGUCCAGAAUUUGGGUGGCGACAACCCCAUUGCGAUCGUCCCAGAAGUUUCUCUCUACAAGAAACGUCGAUUCGCUAAUCGCAAACCGGCUGCGAAAUGGGAGCUCAAACAGUUUAGAAACUCUGCGCGCGCUGACCAAACACUGGUUCUACGACAUUGGAAACGAAAGACAGAACCUGGCCAGCCUAACGACUCGACCGACGGCGAGCCUCCGGAGGGAGAGAACAACGGAAAUGGACAGGAGGGUGACAGAAAGGAAGAAGCGAUCGAGGACUCGGCGUUUGCGAAAUUCAACGUCAAGGUGCAGAUACCUGAAUACAACGAUGAGCAAUACAGCGCGAAGCUGCAAAGCGACGACUGGACAAAGCACGAGACCGACUACUUGAUGGAUCUAGUCAGAGACUACGACUUGCGCUGGCCGGUUAUAUGGGACCGAUAUGAGUACUCUCCCACGAAACCCGGGGACGUGGAUAUGGAUGGGUCCAAUUCUGCCGUGGUGCCUACUGCCAAGUCCAGGGACAUGGAGGAUCUCAAAACCCGGUACUACGAGGUUGCAGCCAAGAUGAUGGAGUUGCAGAAGGCCAUUCAGUAUAUGACCCAACCCGAAUGGGAUCUACAUCAAACUAUGGUCAAUUUCAAGCCGGAUCAGGAAAGAGAUCGAAAGAAGUUUGCGCUGAACUCAAUGUCUCGUUCCAAGGAAGAGGCCAAGGAGGAAGAAUCGCUGCUUAUUGAGGUCAAACGUAUAAUGGCCCGCCAGGAAAGGUUCAACGAGGAGCGCAGGGAACUCUACCAGAGGCUUGAAUACCCACAUUCCGACCAAGACAUCAAUGCUUUCAAGGGAAGCGCAGGUCUCACGACACUCUUGAGCACAUUACAGAAUAUGAGCCAGGCCAAGAAGCGCAAGCCUCUGACCGGGCCCGAGGGCACCAGUCCCGCUGUCCCUACGCCAGGCCCCAAUGGUCAGCCUGCAAGCGCAACAUCCGAAGCACCUCCGAGCCGACGCGAAAGCACCGCGGCACCCUCAGCUGGCAUUCGCGAGUCUAUCGGCGCCGAGAAGCCAGCACCAGUGGGUAACAAGAAGGGUCAACCACCACCAGAGCGGCGCAAGCUCAAUGAGCAGGAAGAGCAGAUCUAUGGUGUCUCAACGCAUGAACGUCUAGGAUCAGGCCCGACCUUUAGGUAUGAGCGGGUCAACAAGAUAUUCUCCCACAAGAGCGGCCAACAGCAGCAGCGGAUACAAAAUGUUCUCACCGAGCUCGACAUACCUGUCCGUCUCAACAUGCCGACAGCACCUGUCGUGGCAGAGUAUGAGAAAUUGGUCCUUGCAGUGACAGGACUUGUAGACCUGAGGAAGAUGAGGGACAAGCUGGACGGCGAAAUCAAGAUCGAAGAAGCCAAAAAGGCCGAACGGGCCAAGGCCCGGGCUGUCCUUGGCCUGGAUGGUGCCAACGAUAAUGCUAGUCAAGACAAGAAGGCUGACGCAGGUCCCGCUGAGACGAAGGCGGAGGACGCAUCCGAGGAUAAGCCCCCGAAGACCAACGGAGAGUCAGCCAGUACAGCGGCUCAUGCCGAUGCUGAAGCCGCUGCUGACGUCAGUGCUGACCCACAACAGGCGGGUGAUGUGCCCGUGACAAAUGACGACGGCGCCGCGGCGGAUGGCGCUGAAGCUAAUACUCCUGUCGUCAAGGAAGAGGAUGGUGGCAGACCAGGCAGCAGCGGCGGUGCUGCUGGCAACAAGCGCAGCGCGAGUGUUCUCAGCACGACGUCCGACAAGAGCGCUAAGAGGCAGAGAAAGUGA